AUGUCAGCGGUGCAUUCCCGUCGUGACAUCUUCUUCACAGUCAUGAAUAACCAGCCUAAUCAGCAGCUUGUACCUCCUCCAUUACAGACAAUACGAGCUGCAUAUGCUGAGCUUGGUCGCCGUGUUACGAUAGCCCUCCGCACACAGAUUGGGGACCACACACGGUUAGGUGAAGAGCAGAGGCAUUGCUUACGGUUAUCAGCACUGCAUGCGGACAUUUUUGUGCCAGCUGAACGUAUCACCAUUGAAAACAGUCUGCAAAGUAUGAUAGAUCAUCUGGAUGAUGCAGCUCGUCAGUCAGUGGACCCACCAGACGCUCCACCAAUACAGGCAUCUUAUGUGGUGCAAACUGGGCGACCAGGACACCCCCAUAUUGAAAUCGAGCCAUCUAUUUUAGCACCUGCUAUUGAACUUCGCGGUCCGACACACCUUGCAGCGGUAUUUCAAGUAUCAGCACGAACUGUGCAUCACCGUGCCUUGGAGUAUGGCUUAGUAGAGCCGGGAGCCCCAGUGUAUGUUGAUUAUGAAGCUGAAGAUGGGACUGUCGCGCGAUUCUACACAUCAUCAACUGCUCCGACUUCUGACCUCUUGGAUGAUGAGUUCUGGACCACUUUCCUUACUUUGGUCAUUGGAUGA